UAAAAUGUUUCUAAUUCCAGAGGCAAACAGGUUGAGCAGGCUGUGAUGUCACGCCUGUCCCCAGCCUGGUGCGUCUGUCCUCCGGCCCAGCUUCCUCAUUCGUCCCAGGUGAGACCACUGCUCUCACACAUCUCACACACCUCACACUUCAAUUAGAGAAGGAGGACAGGUCGUCACUGGCAGCAUUUGGAGUUUGUUCGGAGGAGGGUUGAAGACUGGUUUGGGAUCAGACUCCCGGGCUCGGAUGUUUCCUGUUCACAAAAGAUAAGGGACCCAUGUGAGCAGCAUCCUGUUUGACCGGAUGAUCUCCUGAUGGAACCUCCUUCAUACGAAGAGGCCACUCUCCACCCUCCUGCUCGGAAUACUCAAGGACUGUACGCCCCAGCUCCCCCCUCCUACAACGCCUCCCUCUCCUCCCCCUCCACACCUCCCCCAACCUACGUAGAAGCAGUUAGGAUACAGCGGGAUCCAUUUCCCGUCCUGUCUCUGCCCUCUGUGCCCACGUCUGUGACCUCAACUCCCAGAAACACUGGACACAUAAUCCAUCCACACACACAAGUCGGUGCGAGACAGACGGUCAACACCAGCCAAACCCAGCCGGCGCCGGUCCGCAUCUCACUGUCACAUCUGACAAGGAAGCCUGGUUUGGUGCGCUGCCCACACUGCCGGCGAACUGUUACCACUAAAGUCAAGUACCAUCCCAACAAGGAUGCCUGGGGCCUGUGUCUACUUCUGGCAGUGAUGGGGCUGAUCUGUGGUUUCUGUCUGAUCCCGCUCGUUGCAUGUGGACUACAGGACGCAUAUCACUCCUGCCCAGAGUGUGGACACCAUCUGUUCACUUACAAACAACCAUAGGAUGACCCGGACUGUCCCACCUAUAGAACCAGGACAGUUUUUAAGUGAUGGAGCUGUAAGUGAUGUACAGAGAAGACUGUAGAUGGACAGAAGAGAAGUGGACUGUGCUGCAAGAGCAGUUUGACACAUUUCCGUGGACAUUUUUGUUUAACUUUUAAUUUUUAUAGAAACUUGAUUAAUUUAACCAACGAGAAUCGUGACUCACCACAGCUGCUUUAUACAUUUUAAAACCUCCUCUUUUUAUUUUAAAUGAUCAUUGUUUUUGUAAAUAUGCGGUGGUUAGAGCCGUCGCUGGAUGGAUUCAGUGUUCAGUUCCUCCUUGUUUUUUAAAACAAGGAGGAACUGAACACUAAAUCCAUCCUUGAAGCGUUUGACCACAACUCAGCGCACCAACCAGAGACAGAGACAGAGAGGACAUUUUGGACAACCGAGUUCCCGUCCAGUCCAGGGACUGAUUUACAUGAACCAACAUGAUAAUGAGCUGUUUUACAUAUUUAAAUACUAAGAGAACACACAUUGAACAUUUACCCGACGUGAUGAAGCAGAGGAAACUAGGUGUGAAUGUCGGACAUGUUUAAACCAAACAAAGCUUAAUGGAAAAACGGAUUUACUAAACACACAGGGAUUCUUUUUACCCUGCACAGCCGUGAUAAAACCACACAGGUAGUUGUAUUCACCUGAACAGACGUCUACUCAGUACUGUGUGUGUGUGUAUGCGUGUGUGUGUGUGUGUGUGUGUGUGUGUGUGUGUGUGUGUGAGUGUGUGUGUGUGUGUCUGUUUGAGACUCUUUCUGAUCCAAUAGUGAAACACCUGACUGGAUGUGCAUGUACGAUUUGUCAUCAUAAAAUGUGAUUUUUGUUUGCUGUAAAACAUUUGUUUACAUGUGAGUUGAUGUUUGCACACGUUGUUUUUUAAAUUGUGAUUUUAUUAUGAAUAAAAUUAUGAUUUAUUAU